GAUUGUCAAGACCAUAUUAAAAACAGGUAGCAGAGCAGGAAAAGUUAUUCUGACAAAUAGAAUGAGUGAGAAAUAGCUGUUUUUUUUCUGAAAAGAAGUUUUUGAGAUAUUGGCUAGUGGAACCAGAGGAGCAUUCUCUGCUUAAAACGCGAGGGGGAGUGUUACUCAGUCCAGUUCUCUCAUACAGUCAACGUUAGGGUCUUCUGCAGCCGGAAGCUCUCAUCAGCUGAUCCAGGAGAAGUAGAGCGACAGGGGAGCCAUCUUUUCCCGGCAGAGACACAUUCACCAUUACGGUCACUGUUGAUUUCGGGCUACAUUCGCAGACGCGCUGCCCGUUCGAGAUAAGUGUUUGAAGCGGAACCAGCCAUUUACGUAGCGAACAGUUAUGGCCGGGACACAGGCUCACAUCUAGCGCACAACCAAAGCUAAAACCCUGGAAGCAGUGUCUCCGACACGAAAGGGGCGAAUGUCGCGGACAUACAUACGGUGGUGAAGGCGACCGACGCCUGUGCAAGGCUUGGGAAGAUAGGUGGCAGUUCAGCAUGUAAACAAGUAUCGGCUUUAGUUAGCUAUGCUAUCGACGAAGCUCGGCUAAACAGUAGCCGAACCCGAGAGAACCAAAGAAAACAUAACCGACUCUUCCGAGCCGGGCCUAGGUUCGGUGGUGAUUCUGUGGUAACCCUUGUGUUCUUCGUGAAUCUGCUGCGGCCUAACGGCACCUGCUGAGUCCGUUAGCUUCCCUGCUAACGCCAGCACACAGCCCCAGUUCUUCAGGUCGUCGCCCGGGCCGUACACAUCUCUAAGCCGUCCUAGACUACAGACCGUACGUUGGCUGCUUUUUACUGGUCCGUUAAAACAAACCGAACCGACCCGAUGAUACGUGUGAACGGCACCGUUUGGCCUGAUGCUAGCUUUCUGAGCACUGGACUGUUUCUUCGCUGUGUUCCGUUCUCGUGAGCCGGACUUUAAUUUAAAGAUAGUGUCCGGGGAGGGGGGCGGCUAGGGAGGUUUGAGUGGAGAAAAACGUUUUCUGCUCCGCCAGCAGCGGCGUUUGUUGACACUCGCUGCUCUGUAAAAUGUAACUCGAGGCCCGCCGAAGCCUCUCAGCCGUGUUUCGGUCGCCCCUCCCCCGCUCCGUAGCUUCCCGUGCCCCGGGAUUCGGCUCUCUCCUCCGGCUCAGGAGCGUUGGUAGGCCGCGGUGCUUCCGGAGAAGUGAAGGUAAUGGAACUGAUGUUUGCCGAAUGGGAGGACGGAGAAAGGUUUUCCUUUGAAGACUCGGACCGAUUCGAGGAGGACUCUCUGUGUUCCUUCAUCUCCGAGGCGGAGAGCCUCUGCCAGAACUGGAGGGGAUGGAGGAAGCAGUCCGCCGGACCGAACUCCCCAACAGUCAAAAUCAAAGAGGGUCACGUCAUCCCCCUGGUGGAGCUGUCAGCCAAGCAGGUGGCGUUCCACAUUCCGUUCGAGGUAGUGGAGAAGGUGUAUCCCCCUGUUCCAGAGCAGCUGCAGCUCCGAAUCGCCUUCUGGAGCUUCCCAGAGAAUGAAGAGGACAUCAGGUUGUAUUCCUGCCUGGCCAACGGGAGUCCAGAUGAAUUCCAGCGAGGCGAGCAGCUCUACAGGAUCCGAGCUGUCAAAGACCCUCUGCAGAUAGGCUUCCACCUCAGCGCGACGGUGGUGUCCAGUCAGUCUGGGCAGUCCAAAGGAGCUUACAAUGUGGCAGUCAUGUUUGACCGUUGCCGCAUCACUUCCUGUAGCUGCACCUGUGGUGCUGGGGCUAAAUGGUGUGCUCAUGUGGUGGCUCUCUGUCUCUUCAGGAUUCACAAUGCCUCUGCCGUCUGUCUGAGGGCCCCUGUCUCUGAGUCUCUGUCCCGGCUUCAGAGGGACCAGCUCCAAAAGUUUGCCCAGUACCUUAUAAGUGAAUUGCCUCAGCAGAUCCUGCCCACGGCCCAGCGGCUGCUGGAUGAGCUGCUGUCGUCUCAGUCCACUGCCAUCAACACAGUGUGUGGAGCUCCAGACCCAACCGCAGGCCCUUCAGCCCUAGACCAGAGCACCUGGUAUUUGGAUGAGUCUACUCUGAGUGACAACAUUAAAAAAACUCUGCACAAGUUCUGUGGACCUUCACCCGUUGUUUUCAGUGACGUGAACUCCAUGUACCUGUCAUCCACGGAGCCUCCAGCCGCAGCCGAGUGGGCUUGUUUGCUGCGGCCCCUCAGAGGUAGAGAGCCUGAGGGGAUCUGGAAUCUUCUGUCUAUCGUCAGGGAGAUGUUCAAGAGACGAGACAGCAACGCUGCUCCACUGCUUGAGAUCCUUACUGAACAGUGCCUCAACUAUGAGCAGAUCAUCAGCUGGUGGUACAGUGUCCGGACUUCAGCCUCACACAGCAGUGCCAGUGGCCACACAGGACGCAGCAAUGGGCAGUCAGAAGUGGCAGCUCACGCCUGUGCCAGUAUGUGUGAUGAGAUGGUGGUUCUCUGGAGGUUGGCUGUCCUGGACCCAUCCAUGAGCCCCUGCAGACGCUUGGAAAUGGCCAAUCAGCUGAAGCAAUGGCACCUGAAGGUGAUCGAAAUCGUCAAACGAGGGCAACAUCGCAAGUCUCUAGAUAAACUGUUCCAGGGUUUCAAGCCCGCUGUAGAGUCUUGCUAUUUUAACUGGGAGGUGGCAUAUCCACUUGAGAGUAUUACCUACAGCAGCACAGAGAAAAAGAGUGCCAACUUCUGUUGGCCCAGGGCAGCACAGCUGCACAGAGGGGUCAAGACUACUGCAUCAGCUGGGGGUGAGCUCUUUGAGUCUGUAGGGGGCAGCAGAGUUGAGGGUGCUGAUGGAGGGGACUACAAAGAAAGAGGGGGUCACCUAUCACAACAGGAGAUGGCAGUGCGACCAAAGGAGACCAUUCUCACCAAGAGGAAAGGUCUAUCGCUAAGUGGAGGGGGAGGAAUGCUUGUUCGACUCGGGGGAAAUGUCUCACUGCCCCUGGAGGACAGUGGAGGAAAGUGCAUGUAUAAAGGUCCGUCGUCCUCUGGAGGGAAGCUGAAACUGGCACAGGGAGGUGGGAAGGGGACAUCCACGGCAGCUGUUGGAGGAACUGGAGCACUGGGAGGAAGCAAGCACACCUGUUCUAAAAGGAGAACUAGCAGCGAGGACAGCUCUUUGGAGCCAGACCUUGCUGAGCUGAGCUUGGAUGAUGGCUGCAGUCUGGCUCUGGGGGCUGAGGCCAGCAACACCUUUGAGUUUUUGCCCCCUCCUUCAGAGAUACUGCCCCCUCCAACCCCUUUGCUGGAAGACUCUCCUAAAUGCAAUGACAGCAAUGCAGUCAGCAAAGGUUUUGAGGCCAGCCAAGUGGGCAGCUCUUCUUCAGAGCCUCCGUCACGCUUUAUCCCCAAAGAGUCUGCAGCAACUGCUGUGGAUGAGCUCAGCUCUCCUGCAAAAGAAGCAGAAAGGGAGCUGGAACUCAUUCAUCACAGAGAAGAGAAUGUGGGCUUGGUUGGUAGCCACCAACCAUCCACCUUCAUAGCAAAAGCAAGUCCUGGUACUACUCAGACUUUGUCUGCACCACCAAGGGGCCAAAAGGAGGCAGCACCUGCUGAAAGGACUGCCAACCAAGGAGUUGACGAUGGAGCUGUAGAGCAAGAAGCUGUAGCAGAAGAUGACUAUCAGGCUUACUUUCUAAGUACUGCAUCGGAGGAAGGUGCUGAGAGACAGUUGGUUGAUAGUCACCAGGAGGAGGAGCCAGAUAUCUUUGCAGGGAUCAAACCGCUGGAGCAAGAGGGACAAAUGGAGGUGCUGUUUGCAUGUGCUGAAGCCCUACAUGCACAUGGCUACAGUAACGAGGCUUGCCGGCUUGCUGUUGAGCUCGCCACAGACCUUCUAGCCAAUCCCCCUGAUCUAAAGGUGGAGCAGCCGCAGACCAAGGGGAAGAAGAGCAAGGUGUCGACCAGCCGUCAGACGCAGGUAGCCACAAACACGCUUUCCAAAGCUGCCUUCCUGCUCACCGUCCUCAGUGAGAGAACGGAGCUCCACAACCUGGCCUUCAGCACUGGGAUGUUCUCUCUGGAGCUGCAAAGACCACCAGCAUCCACCAAGGCUCUGGAGGUCAAGCUGGCAUACCAGGAGUCUGAGGUGGUGGCGUUGCUGAAAAAGAUCCCUCUGGGUGUGGUGGAGAUGUCUGCCAUCCGGGGCCGGGCUGAGCAGCUGCGGGAUGGGAACCUCUGCGAUUACAGACCUGUGCUGCCUCUCAUGCUGGCCAGUUUCAUUUUUGAUGUGCUCUGCACCCCAGUUGUGUCACCGACGGGCUCCCGUCCACCAAGCCGCAAUCGAAACAACGAAAUGCCCGGAGAUGAGGAGCUGGGCUUUGAUGCUGCUGUUGCUGCUCUUGGCAUGAAGACCACAGUCAGUGAGGCGGAACACCCCCUCCUCUGUGAGGGAACCCGGCGUGUAAAGGGUGACCUGGCACUUGCUCUCAUGAUCACGUACAAGGACGACCAGAGCAAGCUAAAGAAGAUUCUGGACAAGCUGCUUGACAGGGAGAGUCAGACCCACAAGCCACAGACCCUAAGCUCCUUCUACUCCAGCAAGCCAGCAGUCGGUAGCCAACGCAGUCCAUCCAAACACGCAGCUACAAGCCAUGGGGGGAUGGGUUCUGCCACAGGUGGGGUGUCCAGGCAUAGCCAGCCAUCUUCUUCUGUCAGCAGUUUGGCUGCAUCUUCUAGCUCAUGUACUGCUGCAGUGCUGGCUGGCGAGGAGAUCCCUUCUCAAACUGAGCUAAGACUGGUCCAAACCAGCAAAGCUGGCGAGGACACUGCUGAAGCACGGGACCAAGUUUCAGAUGGGCUUCAGACUUCAGCUGAGCUGCAAACUGACCCUCCCUCAUUUAAACUGGAAGCAACAGUCCCAAGUCGGCUGGCUUUGGGGGGGCGUUGUGGGUACAGCCAGCGGUGCUGGGGCUCACCUGUGCGACAGAAAAAGAAGCACACUGGCAUGGCCAGUAUAGACAGCAGCGCUCCAGAGACCACCUCUGACAGUUCUCCCACCCUUAGCCGAAGGCCCUUGAGGGGUGGCUGGCCAGCAGCAUCCUGGGGGCGGGGCCAGGACAGUGACAGCAUCAGCAGCUCAUCAUCUGAUUCAUUGGGUUCCUCCUCCUCUAGCGGUUCUCGCAGGGCAGGUGGGGGUGCCAGGGCUAAGAGCGCUGACACCAGCAGGUACAAAGGUCGGCGUCCAGAAUGCCAUGCCCCCCACGUGCCUAAUCAGCCAUCAGAGGCGGCGGCUCAUUUUUUCUUUGAGUUAGCAAAGACUGUGCUUAUUAAAGCUGGAGGAAACUCUUCCACUUCCAUCUUCACUCAGCCUUCAGCCAGUGGGGGGCACCAGGGGCCUCACAGAAACCUGCACCUGUGUGCCUUUGAGAUUGGACUGUACGCUCUUGGCCUCCACAACUUUGUGUCACCAAACUGGCUGUCCAGGACCUACUCAUCCCAUGUAUCUUGGAUCACUGGCCAAGCCAUGGAGAUUGGCAGUGCUGCUCUUAACAUCCUAGUCGAAUGCUGGGAUGGACACCUCACGCCCCCAGAGGUGGCGUCUCUUGCAGAUCGAGCGUCUCGAGCCAGAGACCUUAACAUGGUGCGGGCUGCGGCAGAGCUGGCUCUCAGCUGUCUCCCUCAUGCCCAUGCUUUGAACCCAAACGAAAUCCAGAGGGCCCUGGUACAGUGUAAGGAGCAGGACAAUUUGAUGCUAGAGAAGGCUUGUAUGGCAGUAGAGGAGGCAGCAAAAGGUGGGGGGGUAUAUCCGGAGGUUCUCUUUGAAGUGGCUCAUCAGUGGUACUGGCUCUAUGAGCAGUCAGUGGGCGGCUCCUCAGUUCAGCAGCGGGAGACCUCUGGGCGCUGCGGAGCAAAUGGUGGGACAGGAAGGAGGCCUCCUGACUCCAGCUGCAGUGUUCUGGACAAUGGAAGCAAUCCAGAGUCUGGAGGAGUUGCGGUCACAGCCUCGGUCACUGCCACAGCUGUGGUGCCAGUCAUUUCUGUGGGCUCCACAAUUUAUCAGCCCCAUGCUCUGCCUGGCCAGGCCUUGACCCACACCCAUACCCAAGGACUGCAUCCCUACACCACCAUCCAGGCCCACCUUCCCACUGUCUGCACCCCACAGUACCUAGGACAUCCCCUACAGCAUGUUCAACGACCUGCUGUCUUCCCCGUCUCUGGGGCUUCAUAUGGACAGGGAAUGCACCCAGCCUUCAUUGGAACCCAGUACCCGUUUUCGGUGGCUACCAGUCCCCAACAGCCUUUGGCAGCUACAGCUGUCACCUUUCCUGGUGUUCCUGUUCCAUCUAUGACUCAGAUUGCUGUCCACCCCUACCACACAGAAACGGGCCUCCCCCUGACCACUACCGUUGCAGUGGGUAGUGUUCACUCUGGCCCCUCCAUCCAAGCCAUCCAGGCUGCUUCUCUGCCUGCUGUAGCCCCCCAGCCUUCAUUUGUUAGUACGUCCUUCCCUGCAGAAGACGAGCAGCACAGCCAGCCAAUCAGCCAGCAGGGCUUUCACUACCUACACUCUGCAUACAGAGUUGGCAUGCUGGCACUGGAGAUGCUGGGCAGAAGGGCCCACAACGACCAUCCCAAUAACUUCUCAAGGAGCCCCCCCUACACAGAGGAUGUGAAGUGGCUGCUUGGACUUGCAGCCAGGCUGGGUGAGCGAGUAAACUUUGUGUACCAGUUUUGUGUGGGAGCUGCAAAAGGGGUCUUGAGUCCAUUUGUCCUGCAAGAGAUCAUCAUGGAGGCUCUGCAAAGACUUAACCCCGCCCACAUCCAUGCACACCUUCGCACCCCUGCCUUUCACCAGCUUGUCCAGCGCUGCCAGCAGGCCUACCUGCAGUACAUCCACCACCGCCUCAUCCACCUGACCCCCGCCGACUAUGACGACUUUGUCAACAUUAUUCGUAGCGCUCGGGGGGCCUUCUGCCUGACUCCUGUGGGUGUGAUGCAGUUCAACGAUGUGUUGCAGAACCUGAAGAGAGGGAAGCAGACCAAGGAACUGUGGCAGCGCAUCUCCCUGGAGAUGACCACAUUCUCGCCCUGAGCAGUACGCCAGUGCAGUCAUGUGACCACUCUUGUCCAGUCAGGGGGGAGAGGCCGGCCCUGGUUCCUGGACUGCCAAGAUUUUAUUGUGAGCACCUCCUGUCAUUGUUGUCAACCUGUCCACUCUUUUCAUAGCCCUCACAUCAGUCUAGUAUGCAGUACAUGCUGCAACAUUCCAGUCCAGAGUGAUGGUGAUGGUGGGGGUGGGGGUUAUUUUAGGCCUGAACAACUGCAAUAUGGGACUGUUUAUGUGGGGGGAUAUUUCAGUAUUGAUGUUUUUCUAUAGAAUUAUAAGUGCAAAAAGGGUUGGAAACGUUCCUUCUCCGAAGCACCAUCUUCCUGCAGGCUUGUCCUCCUUGGUAGCGCCAAGAACAAAGCAGGUCUAUGUGCCUCAGAGCCGAGAAUCUCCACAUUUUUUUAGUUUUUAAAUUUUUAUGGAAAGUUAUCUCAUCAGUCUGGGCUCCUGUUAUUGUGCUUUGACCCAAGAAGUAGCCACUCCACCAUAGCCAGAUUACAUUUGAUAAUCUGCAAGUUUAAGAUCUGUCUUCAGAUACUAAGGUGUUUCUGUACAGAUUUGAUAUUGUGAGUUCUGGAUUUACUGGUAAAUGUUCCCUGGAACAGAGUUCUGCACCCCUGAACCAAUCUGUUAUUGCACCAAACCAAAGAAGAGCCAUGCAACAUCUCAAGCAUUACUUCAGCUUUUCUCCAAGCAUUCUCCAACCUGCUAUGGAUGUUCCCCAAGAAUUACUUCAAAGUUCCCCUUGCUCUGUCAAAUGAUUCUCAGCACUGAGGCGGAGCCAUGGCAGACACAGCUGUGCUCUUCAAAUGGGGUACUUUGACUUUUCAAAAUCUUGACAAGCUCACUCUGUCCAGGCAGCUGCUGUCGUUCUCAACCGGUCUAUUUGUUUGUGGAACUUACAGGUAAAGGUGACUUUGUAAAGAAAAAAGAAAACCAUACUGUCCUAUUUUUGUAAUCUUUCAGAGAGUAGCUGGACUGAAGCAGCCUGUGUGUAUUUGAUGUAGAAGAGGCUUAGGCUGGGAAGAAGGGUGAAGCAAUACUAAAGUUUAGAGUUUACUUAAUAAAGAGCUGUGAAAACACUAAAA